AUGACGAACUUGCUUUCUUUCUCUGCAAUUCUGAACUUGGUAGGUUUCUGGGAUGUGGCUAUUGCCUUGUUGGGUCUGUUCAUAAUUAGCUGCUUGCUUGAGAGAUUUACCAACAAGGGCCCAAUGCUAUGGCCAGUCCUGGGGAUUAUACCUUCAGUUUUUCUCAAUGUAAACAGCAUGUAUGAUUGGGCAACCGUGGUUCUGAUCAGAGCAGGGGGCACUUUCUACUUCAGAGGAGUGUGGUUUGGUGGGGCCCAUGGGAUCAUAACCAUUGAUCCUUCCAAACUUGAGUACAUGCUCAAAACAAGGUUCAACAACUUCCCAAAAGGCCAACACUACAGGGAGAGGUUCCGUGAUUUGCUUGGGGAUGGCAUUUUCAAUGCAGACGAUCAAAUGUGGAAGGAGCAGAGAAGAGUAGCAACUACAGAGAUGCAUUCAAGCCGGUUUGUGGAGCACUCUUUUCUGUCCAUGCAGGUUUUGGUGCACGAAAAGCUGUUGAAGUUGAUGGACGAUGUGGUGAAUUCUAGAAACGGUGUUAUUGAUCUCCAAGAAGUGCUUCUUCGGUUUACUUUUGACAACAUUUGCACUGCAGCUCUUGGUGUUGAUCCAGGGUGCUUGGCUCUUGACUUACCACAAAUUCCUUUUGCAAAAGCCUUUGAAGAAGCUACCGAAUUGACUCUCUUCAGAUUCAUGGUGCCGCCUUUUGUGUGGAAGCCCAUGAAGCGUUUCGAAAUGGGAUACGAGAAGAGGCUCAAAGAAUCAGUUCAAAUUGUGCAUGAGUUUGCUGAGAAGGCAGUGACAGAGAGAAGGAAUGAAUUGGUUAGGCUUGGAGGGUUAAAUGAUCGUUCCGAUCUCUUGUCAAGGCUCAUGGAAUACACUGCUCAAAACCCAGAAGGACAAGGCACGCAAAAGCGCUUUUCGAAUAAGUUUCUGGUAGAUUUCUGCAUAAGUUUUAUUUUAGCUGGGAGGGACACAAGCUCUGUUGCAUUGGCAUGGUUUUUUUGGUUAGUGCAAAAAACCCCAGAAGUGGAAAACAAAAUCCUCAAAGAGAUGAAUGAAAUUUUAGGCCAGCGGCGCCAAUGCAGUAAUAUUAAAGAACCAGCUGAUCAUGAUGCAAUUUUUACAGUGGAAGAACUAAAGAACAUGGUGUAUCUACAAGCAGCAUUGUCAGAAUCGCUGAGGCUCUACCCAGCAGUGCCAAUUGACAUCAAAGAGGUUGUGGAAGAUGAUGUGUUCCCUGAUGGAACAGUGGUGAAAAAGGGAGGUAGGGUUCUCUACUCCAUGUUCUCGAUGGCCCGAAUUGAGUCGAUAUGGGGACAAGAUUGCUUGGAGUUUAGGCCUGAAAGAUGGAUUAAAGAUGGGGUGUUUGUGAGUGAGAAUCAAUUCAAAUACCCCGUGUUUAACGGGGGUCCAAGGUUGUGCGUGGGGAAGAAGUUUGCUUACAUGCAGAUGAAGAUGGUGGCUGCUGCUAUCCUAUUGAGGUAUGAGGUUAAGGUUGUUGAAGGUCAUAAUGUUGUUCCAAAAUUGACCACCACACUUUACAUGCAGAAUGGGUUGCUUGUGACUCUCAAGCCUAGGUUGCUCACUAGUACUGUCUAA